AUGGACGCAAGCGACGAUAACACAGGAAUUUUUAACGAUGUAACGAAAGAGUCCGAAAACAGUUUCGAAACGAGUAAUAUAGAAACGGAAGGAACAAUAAAUAGAGAAGGGAGUCAUCAAAAGCUGUUAGAAGUAAGCGAGAAAGCUAAUGUUGACGAGGCUGCCUCAGACAGGAAACUUGAAAAUCUGGAUACCAACGCAGGAUUGGAUGACGAAACUACAAAUAAAGGUAUUGCUAUACAGGAAGUCGAAUCGUUGCAACGCGAUCAAACAUCUUCGCGAAGAUUAGAGCCAGAGGCUGAUAAAAACAUAAUUGAGUCCUCCCAACAGAACAUGCUGCUCGAGUCGAAACUUGCCGGUUCUGCAAUUGAAAACAGGCCUGAGCACAACAAUGAUGCUUUAAAGGAUUCGCUCGCUCGAACUUACCCCUCAACGGAGCCCGGCGCUCUCAAACACAACGCAAAGCCCGAAGGGGGUGUUGAGCCCCUAAAGCAUGACCACAACAGCCCUCCAGUGAGUGAUCAAGUGGAAGCUUUGGAGCCUGCAUUAGAUGCACCUGCUGUCGGUCGACCCAAUGUAGUAAGUUCUUCACUCGGCUCCUCUCCUAAACAACAGGUUGACAGCGGAGAGGCAACGCCUAGAUUCACUGCAAAACAAUUGAAGGUGGUCUCUGAGAACAUCGAGACGGAGAAUUCUCCCCCAGCAAAGACGAUAAAUGUCCUAGCCCCUCCAUCACAAACACAGCAGCCUAACCACUUCAGCCAGCAACAUCUUCGUGAGCCUGUGUAUGUAGAUAGUGAAUACGAUUCGCUUGCCCGAGCCGCCGUGGACGCCAGUAGCACGGCGCAGCUCCUCGUGGAGUUCCGCCGUGGGGCGGACAACAGUCACGUCAACCGUAUGGUCGAGGGUUCCUACUCUCGUCUUUUGCUGUCGGCCAAUUAUCUGAGCGAACCGGCGCUUUACAAUACCUUCUACGGAGAAGCGCCUGCCUUUGGUCUGAUUCCUCGUGGGAGCCUUUAUUCAAGGAGCGAAGGAACUCACGCGCCCGGCCGGUAUAUGCCUUCGGAGUAUGGGAUGUCUCAGGAUCGUUCGCGGACCCGAAAUGGAUCCUCUCUAAGAGACAAGUACACGUACCCGGGAUCGGCCCGUGGGACGAAUAAUAGUCCUCUAAGCCAUAAGUCCAAAAUGCGGGAGACCAGUAGGGCGACGAGCGGAGGCAGCGAACAUAUCUCUCAGACUCACAGGAAGAGCGCCACCCCCCAUAUGGGACGUGAGGAAGCCCUACUAGACAGUGAGGUCUAUCAGUUACUGAAUAAAACGAAAACCAACCAGCUAAGAGACCCACGUCAUGCCCGUGUGGAAGGGGAUACCGAUCAUAUCUAUUACAAUCACAAGAGUAAAGGGUUUUUUGUACCUCACCGGCCCCCUGGCGACGCCUUGCUGCUGCAGUACAACCAUUUAUACGAUUUUGGGGAUGGUACGCGGAUGAUGCCCCUUCAACGGCGUGGAGAUAAAUCCUACGUGAGGUACCGAUUGAACCCCCAUGCGAAGCCGCCUCGUACCUAUGCGGAAUCCAAGGGAUCCUCAUGGCGGUAUUAUAAUAAUCCCAACCCGAAUAGUACCGACUUUGACUCUCAGAAAAGUCCCUGUAUAGAGCAGCGGACCUCUUCUCGGGUUUAUUCGAAGCCUUCUCCUAGAGGGGAAUCGACCGCCAGCUCGUUGCGAACCGCACGGGCGCUCGACGUCCAGAGGCUGCACAUCAGUCAAUUUCGCAACGCCCCUUCCAUCGAGGAGGUGAUGGGGCAACAUCCUGAUACGAUGGGGCGGCUUGGCACGGAAUCCAAUGCGGCGAUAAGUCGCGGUCGUUUGCAUCCGGAAGAGCUUCCCGCGGGCGUUCAGGAUCAAAUUCAGGCUGCGGCGAGCGUUGGGCAUGAAGGAGGGAUGGCGGCCUCGAAACCUUCUUCAGCUGCUUCGGUCGGCCCCCAGCACGUCGGCGAUGCGGUCGGAAGGAGAAAUUCUCUUCCAUCAAAAGGAGGGAGUGGACAGCGCUACGCCUUUACGGAUCGCCCGGCGGAUGGUCUCUUUCGGUUUGCCGUCGGUCAAGGACCCACUCGUUUUCCGGCUCUACAGCAGCCUCCUACACUGGCCCCCCCACCUACACGCCAGGGCGCCACAUGGCGAAAUGACUCCAAAGGGAACCCAGUAGCGGUAUUAAAUAAUACCGAGCUGCCCCGGGUGGGUGCUACAAAGGGACGUGCGCAUACUAACGGAGGUGAAAAAGCGUAUUUUGUCUCUCGGCUACGCACGCGCCCCACAACAAGGCAAUAG